GAACUGAGAUGGGUGAAAACCACCCCGACCCCGGGGCCUCCCGCCAGCGCCGCCUCACUUCUCCUAUUUUCCGCCUCAAAUAGGGGGAUGCUGCCGGGGCUGGGGCUGGGGCCGGCAUGGCUGCGCGGGCGGCCCUGCUGCUGGGGCUGCUGCUGGCGACCCACCGCCCCGGGGACGCAGCUCUACUGGAAGCCAACAGCAACCUGAGCUGCCGCUGUGCCAGGACCACCAGGGCCUUCAUCCACCCAUGGAAAUACAGCAGCAUCGAGGUCCGGCCGGUGGGGAGCAGCUGCCGGCGCCUCGAGGUGGUGAUUAAGUUAAAAAACCAGGGGAGGGUCUGCGUGGAUCCUGACACCUCCUGGGUGAAGAAACUCCUGCAGGACCUCCCUAACCUGAGGAAGAAAGAGCCUGCCCGCUGAGGAAGCCGCCACCGGCCACGCGGCCAGAUGCGCCGGGUCCGAAAUUGGACACCCCCCGUCCCACUGCGGCCUGGUCCCUGUGCGGAGGGGAGCGCGUUGCCGCGCGAUGCCCUGAGUCCCCUUUUUCCUUUGCUUUUUAGGCAUUUAAGCCCUUGAAAAUGUCGGUCCCCGCUUCCCCACCCUCCCGCCCCACGGUCGUGCGCUGGGUGUCCCCUUCAGGCACGACCCAAUGGGUCCAAUAAAGGCAGCGCCCUCGGUCGC